GUCAUCCUCACACGUUUGCCAACUGUUAUAAAUAAAAUAACCAAUCUGACAACCGACUGUUACCACUCUGCACCGCACCAACAUCGAUUUGGAAUUUCAGCUCUGAAAAUAAUUUUCUAUCCCACGAAAUGGCAGCCGUAAAUAAGUUAGCUCUUUUGGCCCGUUCCAUGAGCAGUUCUGCUAAGACCGUGAAACUCCCCAUUCAAGUUUUCGGUCUGGAAGGUCGUUAUGCCACCGCCCUGUACACAGCCGCUUCCAAAAUGAGCCAAUUGGAUCAGGUUGAAAAGGAUUUGGUUAGGAUCCAAGAUAGCAUCAAGACCGAUCCAAAAAUGCGUGAAUACGUUGCCAGUCCCAUCAUCAAUCGUAAGGCUUUGGGUACUGCUUUGAGGGAGACUUGUGAAAAGUUGCGUAUGGCUCCAGCCACCAGCAACUUGCUUGGUCUUAUGGCUGACAAUGGUCGUUUGAAGAAGCUCGAUACUGUUAUCAAUGCCUUCAAGACCAUCAUGGCUGCCCAUCGUGGUGAUGUUGUUUGCGAAGUUGUUAGUGCUAAGCCUUUGGAGAGUUCACAGAGAAAGGAACUUGAAGGAGCUUUGAAGGCAUUCUUGAAGCCAAACCAAAACCUUCAACUUACAGCCCGUGUUGAUCCAAACAUCAUUGGAGGACUUAUUGUGUCUGUCGGUGAUAAAUACAUUGAUAUGAGCAUUGCCACAAAGGUUAGGCUUUAUACUGAUGUCAUUUCUUCAGCUGCUUAAAGAAGAAGAAAUUUCCAAUUAUAAUUUACCUAUAAAUAAAUAAAAAUUGAAAAAAAAGAAACAAAUCGAAAUUAAAGAAAAUUAAUCUGUACUUUUUCAUUUAAGAACGUAAACAUUUUGUGUUGAGCAUAAGAAUAAAAACGAAGUUGUUGCA